GUCAGUUCCCGCUGCUCUUCAGCCGCCCCGUCUAGCCAGCCACGUUCAGCUGCUAUGUCCAUCCACUUCAGUUCUCGCUCCACUGCCUUCCCGGGCCGCGCUUCCCAGAUGCGCCCGAGCUCAGGCCGUGCUGGUGGCUUCGGCAGCAGCAGCCUCUAUGGCCUGGGAACCUCUAGGCCGCGCUUGGCAGUGCGCUCCACUUAUGGGAGCCCGGUGGGCGCUGGCAUCCGAGAGAUCACCAUCAAUCAAAGCUUGCUGGCACCGCUGAGGGUGGACAUCGACCCUACCAUCCAGCAGGUGCGCCAGGAGGAACGUGAGCAGAUCAAGACCCUCAAUAACAAAUUUGCCUCCUUCAUCGACAAGGUGCGCUUCCUGGAGCAGCAGAACAAGAUGCUGGAGACCAAGUGGGCGCUGCUGCAGGAGCAGAAGUCCACCAAGGGCAGCCCGCUCCCCCGGAUCUUUGAGGCCCAGAUUGCAGGGCUGAGACAGCAGCUUGAGGCGCUGCAGCUGGACGGGGGCCGCCUGGAGGUGGAACUGCGGAGCGUGCAGGAUGUAGUGGAAGAUUUCAAGAAUAAGUAUGAAGAGGAAAUCAACAGGCGCACAGCUGCAGAGAAUGAAUUUGUGUUGCUGAAGAAGGACGUGGAUGCUGCCUACAUGAACAAGGUAGAGUUGGAGGUCAAGGCAGAUAGUCUGAAUGAUGAAAUCAGCUUUCUCAAGACCCUUAAUGAGACGGAGUUAGCAGAGCUGCAGUCCCAGAUCUCAGACACAUCUGUGGUGCUGUCCAUGGACAAUAACCGCUCCCUGGAUUUGGAUGGCAUCAUUGCUGAUGUCAAGGCCCAGUACGAGGAGAUGGCUAACCACAGCCGGGCUGAGGCCGAAGCCUGGUACCAGACCAAGUUUGAGACCCUUCAGGCACAGGCUGGGAAGCAUGGAGAUGACCUGCGCAACACCCGGAAUGAGAUUGCGGAGAUGAACCGCACCAUCCAGAGGCUCCAGGCCGAGAUUGACACUGUGAAGAACCAGCGUGCCAAGUUGGAGGCCAGCAUUGCUGAGGCUGAGGAGCGUGGGGAGCUAGCACUCAAGGAUGCUCAUGCCAAGCAGGAGGAGCUGGAGACCGCUCUGCAGCAGGCCAAACAGGACAUGGCACGGCAGCUGCGGGAGUACCAGGAGCUCAUGAAUGUUAAGCUGGCGCUGGACAUCGAGAUCGCCACCUACCGCAAGCUGCUGGAGGGCGAGGAGAGCAGGUUGUCUGGAGAUGGAAUGGGCCCUGUGAACAUCUCUGUAGUAAAUUCUACUGGGGGCAGUGGCAGCAGGCUCAUCUUUGGGGGAACCAUGGGCAGCAAUGCUCUGAGCUUCUCAAGCAGUGGGGGGCCUGGUGGGCUCAAGGCCUAUUCCAUCAGAACCACAUCUACCACCCGCAGGGGCCCCCACAACUGAGCACAUAUAACUAGGCUUGUGGGCUUGGAGAGUGCCCAUACCCCUUUGCCCACAUACAGGAGGACCCAUCCUGCCUCAUGUCCCAGCCCCAAGACUGGAAGAUGGUUUGAAACUGCUGCUGGUUUU